AAACAUGAGAAUUCUGGAGAGUUUGUGUUCAUUAUGUGAUCAGGCAUUCAAAACCACAUGUCAGAUGAACAGGCAUCACAAACACAUCCAUCAGAAAAAACGAAGUGGAAGAGAGGAAGAGAAAAGAAAGCAAGCUGAUGAUAAUCCUGUGUGCUCCAACACAAAAGCAACUAAAAGAAGAAUUCGUGAAUUUGCAUGCAGCAUCUGCAGUAGGAGGUGUUUUUCAAAUCUAGCUCUGCAAGGAUACUGGGGAAUCCGUGCUGGCAUCAGAAUUCUUCAUUGCCAGCACCGCGUGUACCAACAAAGGCUCAAGGCCUCCCUGAUGCAGCAUAUGGGAAUCCAUGCCGGUGAGAAGCCUUUCAAAUGUGAAGUUUGCUCUUAUGCCUCCAUUGAUGCAAGGUAUCUGCAGCAGCACUUCCAUAUACACACCAGUGAGAGGCCAUACAAAUGUCAGCUCUGUUUGUAUAGUUGGUUUUUCCAUGACAGUCAAUGCUAGCUGCACCAAAGGCCUUUGAGAGCUUUUCAAGGAAAGAGGUUGUGUCUGAAAACCAAGUAGCAAGCUAAGGAAAAGCAACAGACAGCUGGAUGUUGCCUCAUGAUCACAGGCCCUG